AUGUACCACCCCUCUCUCCAUCCUCGCCCUCCUCCUCCUCCCCCCGUCCCCUCCUCCUGCUCCUCCCUUGGCUUGGCGCCAAACCGGGGGGCCAUGGCGAAGUACCGGGACCUCUACCUGGAACGCGGCCUGGACAUCCUAUCUGUGGAGAGCGCCGUGUGGCACUUCCUGUGGCCUCGCUGGGGGCUGGAGUAUGGGGCCGAGGUCCUGGAGAUUCUGGAUGACCCACGUUUCAAAGGGCGCCCCCUUCUGGUCCAUGCCUUCUCCAUCGGCGGGUACCACCUUCACCCAUUGAACAUUUAGGCAGGGAAAAGGGGGGGUUUUUCCAAAUAGGAAAAUAAAAAAAGAUAGGGUUCGGUUUGGGGAAAAAUCGAAAAAGAAGGGAAAAACGGGGGGGUUUUUUGGGGGGGUUUUUUUAGGGGAGGGGUCGGGGGGGGGUUUUUUGGGGGGGAGGGGGUUUCAAGAAAAGGCAGCCGGGUUUUACAAGGGGCGGGGGGAGAAAAAUUUUAAAAACCACCCCACAAAGUUUUUGGGGCAAAAAGGGGGGUUUCGGGGGGUUUUUACAAGCUAGUUAGGAAGGGGGGAAAAACAGGGGUCCAAAAAAAAACAAGAAAAAAAACCCAGAAACAAAAAGUUUGGGAGGUUGAAAAGGGGAAGGAAAUUUCCCCGACGGCCCCGGGAAACGAUAAGGGGGGGGGCCCCAAGGGGUCCCGCCCCCCCCCCAAAACGUUUGGGUUUGGGGUUUUUUUUUUUGGGCCUUCAUUUGGGCCGUGGGGCUUGGCAACCGUUUUCCCCCCCCUUUUUUUUGGGGGUUUUCCCCCUUUUUCCAAAAAGGGUUUUUUCCCCCCUUAAAAAAACCCCCCCAAAACCCCCCCUAAGGGGGGUUUUCCCCCCGGGGGCCCCAAACAUUUUUAAAAAAAUUUUCCCCCGGGACAAAGAAAAUAUAAAGAGGAAAAAAGGUGGGGGUUUUAAAAAUUUCCAGAACAAGAUUACUGGCUUUUUUUUUUUUUUAGGGGAUUUCUUUUGGGGGUGGUUUUGGGGUUUACCCGAAAACCCCUCAUCCCUUUCACAGGGGUUGUACACCUACCAUUCCACCCUUUUCCCACCCUUUUUCAAUUUUCAAAUUCCGGGGAACGCCGUUUAAAAAUUUUGUGUUGGGGAAACAAGGGGGAUCCAUUUCAAGUUUAUAACCGAACCCCAAAAAUUUGUUCAGUGGCCAAAUCGCAAAUUCCUCCGGGGGCGGAGGGCAAACCUGGUCUUAAGCCCAAGUUAGGGACGGGACCAACCCCCCCGACAGUCAGGUCUUCUACAACAGCCCCGUCACCGCCCCGGCGCUUCUUCUUCUGCGAGAACGAACGUGCUGUGUGACCCCGUCGCCAUGGAGGCGGCCAUCUACUUCUGGAGGAAGCGGGGCAUUGCUGUGGAAACCAGGAAGUGGAAGGAGUCUGUGCACGCCGCUCAUCUACGCUGUCACCCGGAGGAGUACCUCUUGACGUUAGAGACAUUUUUGAACUCGCUCAAAGUCGCCCCCCCCAGGGCUAAAAUGUGA